GUGUUUGCUGAACUACGCGUGCACAUCGCGAGGCAGCUCGAGACGCGGUGUGUUUGCUGAGCUACGAGUGCGCAUCGUGAGACGCAACCAGGAAUUAUCAACUCGCUCACUUCUAUUGAAACACAUUUAAGACAAUUUUGGGAGCUGGAGGAGCUUCCCAGGUCAGGUGCUGAUAAGUUUACUCCAGAGGAACGUGCGUGCGAGGAGCUUUACGUCAAAACUACAACGCGUGGUGAUGAUGGAAGGUUCUCUUGCUUUUGUUUCGCUUUGAGCAUCAACGGUUGAAGCAUGCAGGGCCGCAGGCACUUCUGUACAACGUGCGUGAUUCAUACUGGCCGGUUGCAGGCAGAAACCUGGCAAGGAAAAUUGUACAUGAAUGUGUCACCUGUCGUAGAUUUAGAGGUAAAACACUGACUCCUAUAAUGGGCAAUCUGCCAAAGGAUAGAAUCACACCCAGUUUUCCAUUUUUGCGCUGCGGUGUUGAUUAUGCUGGGCCAGUUCUUAUAUUGAAUCGGAAAGGUAGGGGUGCUAAGCUCAUCAAGGGUUACAUAUGUCUGUUUGUUUGUUUUGUAACUCGGGCUGUUCAUCUAGAGCUGGUCAGUGACCUUUCCACAGACGCUUAUUUAUUAGCUUUAAAACGAUUCAUUUCACGUCGGGGUAAGCCCUCUGAUAUAUACUCAGACAAUGGUAGAAAUUUUGUAGGUUUAAUGACAGAAUUCACUAAAUUCAUAUCAACCUGCUCAGCUGAUAUCGUUGAAUACGCAACUACUCAAAAUAUUAAUUUUAAAUUUAUUCCUCCAUAUUCACCCCAUUUUGGUGGCCUCUGGGAGGCUGGUGUGAAGUCAUGCAAACAUCACCUGCUGCGAUCAUUAGGCAAUUCGCAUUUAACUUUCGAAGAGUUAACCACAUUAUUAUCACAAAUUGAAGCAAUCCUUAAUUCUCGUCCUUUAAGUCCAAUGUCCUCAGACCCAUCCGACUUUGAGCCGUUGAGUCCUGGCCAUUUUUUGAUUGGACGACCAGUCACCGCACCAGCUGUGGCAGAUUACAUAGAUACUCCGACAUUGAAUCUCAACCGUUAUCAACGAAUCGAAAAAACUCGGCAACAUUUCUGGGCACGAUGGGUGCGUGAAUACAUUUCGGAAAUGCUAAUUCGAACUAAAUGGAAAACGAAGAAACCCGACUUGAAACCUAACACACUUGUCGUUUUAAAACAAGAUAACAUUCCGCCCCUCAAAUGGAGUUUCGGGCGGAUUUUGUAUACUGUUCCAGGCAAAGACGGCGUGAGCAGGACAGCCGUCAUAAAGACCGCGUCAGGAAUUGUACGGCGCUCGUUCUCUACAAUAUGCCCCUGCAGGACUCAACAUUGGAAGAGGGUCCUUCCAAGGCGGGGGCAUGUUGGCGCCGUAAUUUAAUAAGCUCUAUGCGGCCCGCUAUUCUGCCACACGGCGGGCUGCGCCGUGACACGGCGAUCAACGGGCCGCACCGACGACCUUGCAGUCGACGCGGCAGUUUAAAACAACGAAUCACCGUCGCUUCGCGGGCAUCAGUUGAACCGACGCGCACACAAGAUUGGCGGACCGGUGAUGGCCAAUAAAACGGAGCGUCGGCGCGUCGGGUGUGAGGAUCGGCCGGGAACCCCCGUCGCAGCGUCUCUUUGGCAGCCAACAACGGUCACGAACACAAUGCACAAUUUUUAUAAAUUCAAAUUCAAAUAAACUUUAUUUUCAAGA